GCAGCAUCAACCUGUAAUACACAUUACACACGUACAUACAAGUAAUACACACCAAAUAUACUGUUCAUAUAAACAAAUAUUAGUUUAUAGACAUACCUGACAUUCACUACACCUAUCAAUUCCUUCGACACAAAGCGCAAUGUGAAGGCGUUGAGGAAGAAGCAUAUUUGUGUCCAUAAUCUUGUUAUAAGAAGGGAGAGGAAAGAUGGCGGUUUCUCCUGGCCUUUUCACCUCAGCAGCCCUGAAGUUUCUUUGCUGUGGAAGGAAGAAGAAACAAAUUCCUCUUUCAUCUUGUCUUGAUUUGGCUGUGCAGAUCAUGGCGGUGGAUCUGGGUCUUAAACCAGCUCUUUUGUAUGAUAUCAACAGCGCCUGUGCAGAACAGAUCCAGCAGUAUGUGAGCUCAUUACAGGAGGCAGGAUUACUCACUGAAGCACUGCAGAUCUUCUCUAUUCGUGGUAGUACUCUCAUAGUGAACUCUAGUCUAAUGAAAGCACACUUGGAUGAAGUGCUUGAGAAAAAGAGCCUUCUUACAGCUGAUGUGUGUUUAUGGAGGGAGCAGCCAUCAUUAAUCAACAUGGAUAGUAAAACUGAACACAUGGUUAAAGCUAUGCUGGAGGUUUUUAGGAACAACAAUGCCCAGGAUUCUGUAGUCAGGGUGGUCAAAGAAGAGGUGUAUGACCAGUGGAACCUGUGCACACUUUUUGGGAUUCUCCUGGGCUACCCCGUUGUAUACUGGUUUGAUCAGGAAAAGAGUUUUGAGAACUGCCUGAGUAUGAUACCACUGGUGGUAAAUAAAGUUUUGGUCAGCUGGUCAAUACACAGUGAAAAGCAUUGCAGUUGUCUUUACUCGUAUAGUGUCCCUGAGGUACUGUGGUCUGAAGUUUACACUUAUAUAAAUCAAUGGCAGGAGUGUUUAACAGACAGACUUAGCAAUCGGACAGUUUUGACUGAGCUCAGGUUUGUAAAAGAAACUGUUAUUUUACCGUCUGUAGCAAUGUGAUGUUUCUGCUUUUACAGUUAGUACUUUGCUACAGAUUAUUGUUGUUUAGCACAUAAUAAUACUUGUAAUGUUUUGGCCGACCAGUUUGACCGUAUUUUGUAAAUAAAAAGACAUUUUAAAUGUCAAAGGGCCCUCAAAGGGCCGAUUGUAACGUAUCCUGCUGUGAUUGCAGUCUGCCUUUUAAGUCUUGGAAAUCUUGAACACUUUGUGGUUUUUCUUGGAGGCUAAAUUCUGUGUUUGGUGUAAAAAUGCCAAAUUUAUACUGUAUAUUUAUAAUGUAUAUCUACAUUUAUAUUGUACUCCUUUAACACAGACACAGCCUCAUAACACAAGAGACGUACUGGAUUUUCUUCUUGAACCACAGACUUGUAUUCACUUUCCCAUCUUUCAUUAUAUUCUCUUCCUUCUGCUUCAAUUUUUUUUCUUUUUGGGAUUAUUUGUAAAUAUUUCUCAACAUCGCUUGUUGGAAAACCGCCUCAGUUAAACGCUGAUGUGGAAACACUGCCAUCUAGUGGUGGGAUGCGGUCACUUUGCGGGUCACGUAAUUAGCAUGCAUUGUUGGCGAUACAGUUUAUGUACGAUUUUACAGUGUAUUUUAAGACAAUCAUACGUCUUUUAAGCUCUCGCGGGCCACAUAAAAUGACAUGGUGGGCCGGAUUUGGCCCACGGGCCUUGAGUUUGACACAUUUUGGUUUAGCAGUUUACUGGCAUGCAUAAAAGAAGAAAUAAAACAACAACUGCUGCCUUAUUUUUUCUAUUUUUGAUAAAACAUUAAUUACAUUAAUCACAUUUUAAAACUAAAGUAACACAGGUAUGUAAAUAUGAUUUUAGUAGACUCCUCCUUUUGGCCACAAGCAUUUUCUGUAUCAUCAAUCACUGAUUAUGUU